GUUUUUCUGUUUCCUACUGCUAUUAAAGAACUAUUUAUUUUUUGCCGCCAAAGCUCAACCUCCGAUCAACGUCGUCGCUCAAUUAUCCAGACGGCACGAAAUCACACAAUUCUCUUCUCAGUCUGUGAAAAGAGUUUUAUUAUUCGGUUUAUGAGACAGAAUUGAAUUUACGGAACUGAGUGUAACUGUGGUUUAGUGCUUAAUGGGUCGAAAGAAGUCUAAUACUGCGGUUGGUGAUGAGAAUCCGCAUCGAAGUGGCGGUGGGAAGUUGAAGAAAAAGCAAGGUGUGAUUGAUGAUGAUGAGUAUGCAAUUGAUACGGCAUUAUCUGAGGAGUUGAAUGGUGAUUUUCUACUUACCGGUAAGAAGAGAGGCGAAAAAGGGAACGAAAAGAAUUUGGAGUGUAAAGUUGGUGAUGGUGAGGGUAAGGAAGGCGCUAUGGAAGAGGUAGUAGAAGCUUUAAAGAAGAAGAAGAAUAAGAGUGUAAGGACUGUGCAAGAAGAGGAUGAUUUGGAUAAGAUUCUCGCAGAGCUUGGUGAGGGGCUACCUAAUGAGAAUUCCUCUGUUUCUCCUCGACAAGAGGAGAGCAAGCAGGUGCAUCUUGAACAAGUUCUAACUGAGAAUGCCUCAGGUGAGGAAGAGAAAGAAGAGUCUGCUGCCGCAAAGAAGAAGAAGAAGAAAAAAGAGAAGGAAAAGGAGAAGAAAGCUGCUGCUGUCGCCCCUUCAGAGGGGAAGGAGGAAAAAAAGGAAGAAGAUAAAGCGGAGACAAAAGGUAAAGCUGUGGAUAAAAAAGUGCCCAAGCAUGUGAGGGAGAUGCAAGAGGCACUUGCUAGGCGAAAAGAGAUGGAGGAGAGGAAGGCUAGGGAAGAAGAGGAGAAGAGAAGGAAGGAGGACGAAGAAAAGAUUAGGCAAGAAGAGCUUGAGAGGCAAGCAGAAGAGGCUAAGCGUCGGAAGAAGGAAAGGGAAAAAGAGAAACAUUUGAAGAAGAAACAAGAAGGCAAACUCUUAACAGGGAAGCAGAAGGAGGCACAGCGGCGAUUAGAGGCUAUGAGAAACCAAAUAUUUGCUAAUGCUGGUAUUACUACUAUCUCUGCAGUAGACAAAGAAGGUGCACCAACAAUGAGGCCCAAGUGCCAGAAUAAGAAAUCAAAACCUACUGCUCAACUACAUGCGUUUGGUGAUGCGACAACUAGAUUGGGGGAAAUUGUGGAAGCUACGGAAGAGGUGAAAGGACAAGAAGACAUUAAGAUUGAGGUAGAAUCAGCGGAACUAGACAAGGUGGUAGAAGAUAAUGCAGAAGUUGCGACUGAGGAGACUGGGACGGAGGACGAUGAAGCUUAUGAGGAGUGGGACGCAAGGAGCUGGGAUGAUGUUAACCUUAAUGUUAGGGGUGCAUUUGAUGAUGAGGAGACUGAUUCCGAAUUCCAAAAGAAAGAGAAAAGAAGUGCUGUUUUGGCUUCUCGCAAUCCAGACCCUCCUCCAGCUGCCAAGUCUGCAGUUGCAGCCCAAAUACUUGCUCCCUCACAGGGUGUGGUUGAAACUAGGGACAAAAACAGAACAAAAUAUGCUGCUGCAAAAAAUAAAACAUCACCUUUAUAUGACAUUCCUAAAGAAGGUGAAGAAAAUCUUCGUUCUCCAAUAUGUUGUAUUAUGGGCCAUGUUGAUGCUGGUAAAACCAAACUGCUGGAUUGUAUCCGAGGCACGAAUGUCCAGAAAGGUGAAGCUGGGGGGAUAACACAGCAGAUUGGUGCAACAUACUUUCCUGCUGAGAACAUAAGAGAGAAAACCAAGGAAUUGAAAGCUGAUGCAAAACUAAAGGUUCCCGGUCUAUUGGUCAUUGAUACACCUGGCCAUGAAUCAUUCACUAAUUUACGUUCAAGGGGCUCUGGUUUGUGUGACAUCGCAAUCUUGGUUGUGGACCUUAUGCAUGGUUUGGAGCCACAAACAAUAGAAUCACUUAAUCUCUUGAAAUUAAGGAACACAGAAUUUAUUGUUGCAUUGAAUAAGGUGGACAGGCUCUAUGGAUGGAAAGUUUGUCGCAAUGCACCGAUAAUGAAGGCAAUGAAGCAACAGUCUAAAGAUGUGCAAAAUGAAUUCAGUAGGAGGCUUACAGAGAUUAUAACUCAGUUCAAGGAGCAAGGACUGAAUACUGAGCUGUACUAUAAAAAUAAGGAUAUGGGAGAAACGUUCAGUAUUGUUCCUACUAGUGCUAUUAGCGGAGAAGGCAUUCCUGAUAUGUUACUGUUGCUUGUUCAAUGGACUCAGAAAACCAUGAUCGAGAAACUUACAUAUAGCAAUGAAGUACAGUGUACAGUGUUGGAGGUUAAGGUUAUUGAAGGCCAUGGAACAACAAUUGAUGUUGUGUUAGUUAAUGGGGUGCUUCAUGAAGGAGAUCAAAUUGUUGUCUGCGGCUUUCAGGGACCUAUUGUUACCACUAUUCGAGCUCUGCUGACACCUCACCCAAUGAAGGAACUUCGGGUCAAGGGUGCCUAUCUGCAUCACAAAGAAAUCAAGGCUGCACAGGGUAUCAAGAUCAGUGCACAGGGCCUUGAGCAUGCUCUUGCUAGCACGGGUCUAUAUGUAGUGGGACCAAAUGAUCAUCUGGAAGACGUCAAGGAAGCAGCAAUGGAAGAUGUGAGAUCGGUGAUGAACCGUAUUGAAAAGAGUGAUGAGGGAGUCUAUGUCCAAGCAUCCACCUUGGGGUCAUUGGAAGCAUUGCUGGAAUUUUUGAAGUCACCAGCGGUGAGCAUUCCUGUUAGUGGCGUAGGCAUAGGCCCAGUGCACAAGAAGGAUGUUAUGAAGGCCAGUGUAAUGCUUGAGAAGAAAAAGGAGUAUGCCACUAUCUUGGGAUUUGAUGUUAAAAUGUCACAAGAGACUCGGGAACUUGCAGAUGAGCUUGGUGUGAAAAUUUUCAUGGCUGACAUCAUUUAUCACUUAUUUGGUCAAUUCAAUACUUAUAUUGACAAUCUGAAGGAGGAAAAGAAGAAGAAAGCUGCUGGUGAAGCAGUGUUCCCUUGCAUACUUAAGAUUUUACCUGCUUACAUAAAUAACAAGAAAGAUCCUAUUAUCAUAGGAGUUGAAGUUACUGAAGGCAUACUUAAGGUCGGGACACCAAUUUGUGUUCCUGCCAAAGAUUUUAUUGACAUUGGCCGAGUUGCUUCCAUUGAGAUUAACAAUAAGCCUGUCGAUUAUGCCAAGAAAGGCCAGCAUGUGUCAAUUAAGAUUAUUAACAGUCCUGAGCAGCAGCAAAAAAUGUACGGAAGGCAUUUUAAUGAUGAAAAUCGUCUUGUCAGCCAUAUUUCGAGGAGGUCAAUUGAUGUUCUUGAGACUAAUUACCGGGAUGAUCUCUCAACAGAUGAAUGGAGGCUGGUUGCCAAACUGAAGAACAUGUUCAAGAUCCAGUGACAUGGAAAACAAGAGUCGGAAGCAAAUACUGGAAACUAGUCGAGGGCUAUGCAACCGCCACUUGAUCAUUGCUUUACAUUUGCACUGAAUCACCCGAAAAGCUGGUAAGAUUUGUGCACCAAAUCACUUGAUAGCUGAUGAAGCUCUCUUUAUGAAUUUGCACCAAAUCACUUGAGAAAUGCAGUGCUUGUGGAGUAGGCUGACAUGGGGUAUCUGUCUUUUCCCAUAUAUUUCACUUGGGAUCUGCUAUUUUUUUUAUUUAGACCUACUCUAAUUGUUAACGGGCAUUAGCGGGUUAAUUGUUAGUAUUAAGCGUUUUUUAAACAUGUGAAGCAGAUUUAUUUAUUACUGAUUUUAAAAGUAUAGGAAGGUAAUUAUAUUAGGAUGAAUUAGUCUA